AUGGACGGGCUGCUGCUGCUCUGCUUCUUCCUCUGGACCGUGGUUACCACGGGACAGUUCGCCGUCGCCGGCGCAGCCUCCAGCUCCAAGGUGGUGACCAGCCUCCCCGGGUUGCCGGGUCGCCUCCCCUUCCACCUCGAGACCGGGUACGUGGAGGUGGACGAGGAGAACGGCGCCGAGCUGUUCUACUACUUCGUCGAGUCCGAGGCCGGCGCGGAGGACGCCCCUUUCCUCCUCUGGCUCACCGGCGGCGACCGCUGCUCGGUGCUCAGCGGCCUCACCUUAGAGAUUGGUCCAUUCCAGUUCGUCCCGGAGCCUUACAAUGGCACCGUACCGCGUCUGAGAAUCAAUCCGUACUCAUGGACCAAGGUGGCAAAUAUCCUUUUCGUUGAUACACCGGUUGGGGCUGGAUUUUCCUUUUCAAGACGACCCGAAGGCUACGAUGUCGGGGAAGUAUCCACCUCGUUGCAGCUCCAUGAACUCCUUCUCAAGUGGUUCACUGGCCAUCCCAAGUUCCUCACAAAUCCUCUCUACCUCGGAGGAGACUCCCUUGCUGGACAUCUUGUACCAUUUAUCGCUCAAAAGAUCUCGGAAGACGAAGUCCAGACAGUAUGGAGCCUUAAAGACCAUGUCAAUGACGAAACGCCACUAUCCGUCGAGCGCCGACUCCGCGAGGACCACACCAUUCUCCACACACAUCCUGAUGGUAUCGAAGCUGGAAGGAGCCCCAUCCUUAAUCUCAAGGUGGAAGAAAGUGAUCCAAAGAGGGCGGGGCCGAUGAGUUUUUCCAGGAGCAGACGAACAGGCUAUUUGGUAGGCAACCCGAUGACGGGUGAAAUCAUUGAUGAAAGCUCGAAAGUGUCAUAUGCUCAUGGAGUUGGUAUAAUACCAGAUCAAUUAUACGAGACGAUAUUGAAGCAUUGCCAAGGAGAAGACUACAGGAAACCUACAAAUACACCGUGUGCCCAAGCUCUGGGCACUUUCAACAAUCUACGCUCCGAAGUUAUGACGGCACAAAUUUUGUUAGACGAUUGCUAUCUUGUAUCCCCUGGACCAGGCACCCAGACGGACAAGUCAGCUAGUGCUAUUCGGAAGAUCCUAAGCGAGGAAACAGUGAUCGUGACGGGGAGGCGAGUGAAGCAUCCGCCACCUCGUGUACCAAUUGGCUGUUAUAGCUACACGUCUUACCUGUCGUAUUUCUGGGCAAACCACGCGCUCACCCGAGACGCCCUGGGGAUCAAGGACGGCACCGUGGACGAGUGGGUGAGGUGCCACGACGGCGACCUGCCGUACGCCGUGGACAUCGGGAGCAGCAUCAAGUACCACCGGAAUGUCACCGUCAAUGGCUACCGUGCGCUGGUGUACAGGUACGGCGACCACGAUGCGAUUGUGCCGCACCUGGGGACGCAGGCGUGGAAGCUUCAGAAUACACCAAACAGUAGCAGUGGCACAUACACCUUGUCAGUCUUCACCUUUCUUAGCUCCUACACCUUGCAAAGCUCUCCAUCUAGGAUGCUAACAUCAUCUUGUCCUCCAUCACUUCCAGGAGCUGUCACAAACCACAAAAAUCAUCCUCCAUCUAUGCGCCUUACAACCACUGAAGGAGAUCUAGGUUACUCUAAAAUAUAUUCUGAUAAAGGUUUAUCAAACUGA